AUGGGUAAUUUGUGUCUUAGAAAGAAGGAGAAAUCCUAAUAGCCCUAAGUAUAUAAUUUUUUAACAAAAGUACAACAUUGCUGAUGAAAAUCACAUCACCUAUACUCCUGCCACUUUAGAUGAGUUGGAAAAAAAAAUUAAAAUUGAAUCAUAAGGUAUGUACAAUUACCAUAUUUUAGAUGACAAUAGCUCGGGUAUCUAUAUUAUGUAUUUCUAGAAGCUUUGAUUUUGAAUGUGGACAAUAAAUAAGACUAGUUUUAAUAAGGGAAUAACCAAGCAACAAUUCAAAUUCUUAAUGAUCUAGAUAAGGAUGCCCAAAAACUUAUUAAACAAGGAGAAAUAGCUAAAGCAGAAUUAUCAAAAAUUAAAUAAUAAGUAAUAAUUAUACUAGUUUUAGUAAAUUGAUGAUGCUGUUUUGAAUAUGGAACAACAAACAUUGUAGUAAAAUCUUCUAAACAAAGCUUAAGAAAGUGAUGUAUAAAGAGCAUAGUUUGAAGAAGAAAGAAAUAGAGAACAGUAGGAAGCUUAAAAAAAAAGAGAAAAGUAAUAAUAGGAGGAAAUUAAUAGAAGAGAAAAAGAGGCUGAACUAUUAAAGCAGUAAAAAGAGUAAGAAGCAAGAAUUGCAUAAGAAAAAGAAAAUGAAAAAAGAAGAUAACUUCAAUAAGAGUAGGAAAGAAUAAGAAUUGAGUAAGAGAAUGAAAGACAAAGAUAACUGUAAAUUGAAUAAGAGGCUCAAAAAUUAAGAUUAAAAUAAGAGGAGGAGGAAAGAAUUAGAUAAGAAUAAGAAGCUGAAAGAUUGAGAAUAAAAUAAAAAGAAGAAGAAGAAAGAAUAAGAUAACAGCAAGAGGCUGAAAAAUUAAGAUUAUAAUAAUUAGAGAAGGAGAAAAUUAAAUAAGAGUAAGAAGCUGAAAGACUAAGAUUAAAAUAAGAAGAGGAAGAAAGAAUCAGACAAGAAUAAGAAGCUGAAAGUUUGAGAUAAAAAUAAAAAGAAGAAGAAAGAAUUAAACAAGAAUAAGAAGCCGAAAAAUUGAGAUUAUAGUAAUUAGAAGAAGUUAAAAUUAGAUAAGAACAAGAAGCUGAAAAAUUGAGGCUUUAAAAAUUAGAAGAAGAAAAAAUUAAAUUAGAAUAGGAAGCUGAAAAAUAAAGGCUUUAAUAAUUAGAGGAAGAAAGAAUUAGAUAAGAAUAAGAGGCUGAAAAAUUGAGGCUUUAAAAAUUAGAAGAAGAAAAAAUUAAAUUAGAAUAGGAAGCUGAAAAGUAAAGGCUUUAAUAAUUAGAGGAAGAAAGAAUUAAAUAAGAAUAAGAGGCUGAAAAAUAAAGACUUUAAAAAUUAGAAGAAGAAAGAAUUUAAUAGGAAUAAGAGGCUGAAAAAUAAAGACUUUAAUAAUUAGAGGAAGAAAAAAUUAGAUAGGAAUAAGAAGCUGAAAAGUUAAGGCUUUAAUAAUUAGAGGAAGAAAGAAUUAAAUAAGAAUAAGAGGCUGAAAAAUAAAGACUUUAAUAAUUAGAAGAAGAAAGAAUUUAAUAGGAAUAAGAGGCUGAAAAAUUGAGGCUCUAAUAAUUGGAAGAAGAAAGAAUUAAAUAGGAACAGGAAGCUGAAAAACUGAGGUUAUAAAAGUUAGAAGAAGAAAGAAUCCAGUAAGAAUAGGAAGCUGAAAAGUAAAGACUUUAAUAAUUGGAAGACGAGCGAAUAUAAUAAGAAUAGGAAGCUGAAAAAUUGAGGCUUCAAUAAUUAGAAGAAGAAAGAAUAAGAUAGGAGUAAGAAGCAGAAUAAUAAAAGCUUAAAUAAUUAGAAGAAGAAGAAGCUUAAAAAUAAAGGAUUCAAUAAUUAGAAGAAGAAAAAAUUAGAUAAGUUUAGGAAGCUGAUAACUAACAAUAAUAACAACAAGAAGAGAAUUAAAAUCAAAAUAAUCUAUAUAAAUUUGUUUGGUAAUUUUUAUUUAAUUAUUAAAGGGCUCAAGGAGGUAGUAAAGUUUUGUUAACUGGAAGCUGGUUAAAUUGGACAGAUAAAAUCGAAUUAAUAUAAAUUGAUAAUAAGUAAAUUUAGUAUAAUUUUUAAAGAUUUGAAAUUGAAGUAUAAUUACCUUUGGGUAAGCAUGAAUUCAAGUUUGUUGUAGACGAUGAUUGGAAAGUCAGCGAUUAAUAUGAGUAUAAUGGUUAAAAUAAUUUCAUCAUUAUUUGA